AUGGACGAAUAUUCUUCUUUACAUCGAGAGAUCCACUCUCUAACAACUCUAACUUCCCUCAUCUUCCAGCGACCCCCGGAAUGCAUCAACUAUGGCCAACUCGGUGACGACAAACCAUCAUCCAAAGAACCUGAACAGGGAACCGAUGAAGAGCUGGACAAAUUGUCUGGAGAAGCAGAAUUUGAAGAUGAAGUGCCUACCGACGACUCGACCGCUGCCCUUGUCUUGAAGCGACGCUCGUUGGAUCGCCUUGCUGAGAUCCUAGCCAGGUUUAAGACAGCCAAAACAGGCCCAUAUGGGAAGGGAAAGAGGAGCCAGGGCAACAUUGAUGCAAAGCAUGUCGCGAGUGUAGUUAUGGUGGAGGACAGUAGUCUUCACCGUGUAACCUUUUUGUGUUCCAAGAAUGAGGGCCUUCAAGAGGAGGACGAAGUGUUCCUCGGCAGGCUAGGCGAGCUGCUUUCUUUUAUUUUGAACGAUAGUCCAGAGGAAGCCCAUGAAUCACAGGUGUUUGAUCUCAUAUUUGAGCACAACAGACCUCGAGUUGAAUAUUACUCGGUAGCAGUUCGACAGGCAUUUGAGCAGGCCUCUAAGGCCAAACUGUCUGAUACGCUCACGGCAGAUGUUAUGAAACAUGUAGUACCCCAGACACUGGAGGCAAGGGAGUGGGAAGGUCUUAUUAUUGGCAUCGACGGGAGACAACCCGAACUCUCGCGGGAGGCUCUCGACUGCCUCUCAGACGAAGAUAGGGAUGAAGCGGUGGUAGAGGUAUGCGUUAGUAUCCAGACACUUUUCGGGAUGUCUGAUCUUAGUACCACGCACUAUGACGAGCUACGGGAUUUCCUCAGGCGCUUUUACACCAUCAUCCAAAAUCCCAGACAGCGGCCAGCCCUGAAGAAUCUACUUAUGCAAGCGCUACAUGGACACAAAAAGCUUUUCAAAAAAGCUUGGGAUGCCCUUCUCUUCCUCGCUCGAACUUUCCACGCCGCAGUAACAUUAGUCAAACUGGCUUCAAGACUUAAGCUGGAACAUUUCAAUUCCUUUGGGUUCAUCUUCGUCCCAGCUUCCAUAUUCCAAACUAAGAGUUACCCUCCACUGGGCAAAGGAUUACCGCUGGACGACUUAAUGGCACUCCAGUGUCGGCCACAGCAUAAUGGGUGGGUAGGACUUUUGCAAGACCAAGGAACUAUCAGAAAUUAUAGAAAAUUACUGCGUAUUCCCAGAUCAGUUCACGCGGAGGUUCAGCUGAUGAUGUACCUUGAGAGUCGCUAUUCUGAUAGCGUCGACCAGGUCUUUCCCUAUAUCGGAUGUAGCAAGAAGUGCUGCUUUUUCUGUGACAUGUUUCGAGGGGUUCACGGGAAGUUCUGGGCGCGUGGAACGCAUGAAACGGUCUUUCCUAGGUGGGGAUUACCGCAAGAUGUAUUAGCAGGUGGCAGCCUAGAGUGGCUUGAUCAGCUGAUGAGCGAUUUUGCUGCAUCUCUGAGAAGAAUGCUGCAUAAGGUGCUCAGCAUGCCAUAUCCUCUUCCCCACAGAAACCUAUGUCAGCAAUCCUCGGCAGCGUUAUCCACGGCGCAGGCCAGGCAAGACGAUGAACCAAGAUAUUCUGAAAAACCUUCAACCCUAAGAAGUCUUAUGGUUCCGGGUGCCUUCUCUGCUGCUGAUAGACAAGUUCAGUUUUCACCUGUAGCUGGUAAACCAGGAUACGCCAAUUUCCUAGCGCCGAGUAUGCCGCACAUUAGCACCCAUCUGCCAAUUGACCAGGCUGAGAUGUACAAAAUCAAUCACGACAGAAGACAAUGCUCAUUGGAACGAAUAGAUGAGAUGCCACCGCCUGUGAUCACCAACGCCAAGCUGUGCCGAUAUUGCAGUAGACCAGCUGGAGCCAGAUGCUCGGCAUGUUGGACACAGUACUGCUCCCACACUUGCCAACGGCGAGAUUGGCAGAGGCAUGUCUUCAUUUGCCGGACACCGAACCGCCCCAUCGACAUUGACUUUUUCAGACUGAUUAUCAGACGUGUAAAGAGGGCAAUGACGGGCGACAAUCAGCAAAUUCUUCAGGAUUCACUUCUCGAUCUGUUUGCUGAUGAUUAUAUCUGCUGCAGGUUUGGUUUUAACAACUGCUCGAAUAUUGUCGAGGCUCUCCAUCUCGUCUGUCUUUACGAUGCUGUGCUAGUCAGCUGUCGCUCUCCUGUCAGAGUCCUUAAUAAGUACCAGGAGGCUGGAAGGCUUGGUGAAGUUCUAGAGCUCUUCUGUGAUUUACGUAUCAAGCAGAACCCCGGACAGCCGCAGUGCGACUGUAUAACAUGGUACCUAGAACGCCUCAAAAGAGGACCGUUUCCAAUCCCCAACAUGGAGAAGGAUGUUUACGGGAUUUGGGAGACAGCAUUUGCCAAUGCAAUAGAUCUUCUGGACUUGUACGACAAAUUCGAAAAGGGAUGGAGAUUAACCCCCGGGCAGGCUGAAGUCUUCAAACUGUUCAUAGCCAUACAACCUUCCAUCUGGCAAGUUCCAGAUAUCCACUCCUCGGCCUGGAUCAGCUUUGGCUUCUGCUACUGCAAGUCCUUCCGACAGUGCCAGGAGCUCUCUGUCAAGUAUCUGUUGCUGGCUGCCUCCAGCGCGACCUUUGACGACAUAGUCUCCGCAUAUGAAACCUCCACGAUGGCAGAAUUGAUGGCAGAACAUGGAAUUGAUCUGUCGAAUCUAGCUCAAAACGGAAUCCGACUCAAAAGGCCUUCUGGGACGAUCUACUCUGUGUUCAGGCUCAUGAGUGGACUUGAUCACCCAUAUCACCGCUACUUCGAAACACAUCUCGAUCCUGAGUGUGAAGUAGGCUUCGGCUUCGAUAUGACCAACAGCUGGGAGAGGUGGCAGCUUCUGAAUUUCUACCGGCAUGUAUUCAAGUUACCAGGAUUCGAUCCCCGAGCGAUGGCAGCAGCGAAGGACAGCCAUGAAUACGGAGCCCUUGAGCGGUAUCUUGACACUUUGGUUCCAGAUAUGAGACUGAAGAUCUUUGAUAUGGAUCGAGCAGCGUCUUUUCUAUUCCCUAAUCUCGGCGCAAGGAUCAUGCUCCCGUGCACGCUGUGUGGUAUCAGCUUCAACAUCUCACGUAUCCGGACCAUCGAUGAGCCCUACUCAGGGGCGUGGUCCGCAGAAGACUCGACACAAUUUAUUUGUGCCCUCGAUGAUUACGACGACGACGGCAAUGACUGUGGUCAGUGUAUCACCACUGAGACAGGCUGUGUUUGGCUUGUUCGCAACUCUCAGACUAUAAAAAAUGGCAUUGAUCAGUCAGAGGAGCCACAGUAUAGAUUCCUAUUCUUUGAAAUGGAUGAUGGCCACCUCCCCACGGUCGGACAAACACUGCCGAUGGGCGAACGGUUGGAGCAAAAGGCAGGUCGCAUUGGCAUAAGAAGGGCUCAUCUUGAACAUGUCGCUGGUCCGGGAUGUCGUUCUACACUGGGAUAUUCCGGGACCACCAUCUCUCAGGAGGAGAUGCGAGGCUGCCACACUGGGCAGGGUCUGGUCUACCGCGACGAGGACGAAGAGUCCGCGCCAGAUGACCUGGAAUGCGAAAUUAACAGCGAUUAUUUCCUCUCGGGGCUCGUGGACUGCAUGCCGUAUGUUGAAACUGUGGGUGGGGAUGUGUUUCCCGCAAGACAUGGCUACGAUUGGAUUGAACCGGCGGACCCGUUCAAUGAUGGGUUUGAACGCUACAGAGCACUGCCGUUCCAUCCAUGGUGUUUCGGGGUGUACAUGAAACUCUCCAGACUUCGACUUGGCCGUGUCGAGAUCAACGAUCUCGUGGACUACUUUGACAAUGUCGAACGUUUCCCACGCCAAUACUAUGACGAGCCCGAUCCCGCCGUUCAGAAUGCGGCCGGUGAAUCGUGGGUUCAUGUGAAGGGCGAUGAAUGGCUCGCCGCGAACCCGUUCUACGUGCCCAGGCUUCGGGAGAUCCUGAAGCGAGCGAUGGAUACUGGACCGUCAUUCAGUCCUCAGGAUGGUGCAUUUGAGCCUCUUAUAUCGUUGACCCACAAAACACCCGACCCAUUUGCUCGAUUACCACGAGAAAUACUGGAUAUGAUUAUUAACAACCUCUCCACGAAAGACAUUGCAUCACUUCGUCUCGUCUCACGGCAGUUCUACCAGCUGCACGUCUCACUCUGGCAUCGCCUGAUCCAAGAGGAAAUGCCUUGGUUAUGGGAGGUCUGGUCUACUGAGAAGCCCUACUUCUGGGCGACAGUCACUGCAGAGGAUAUAAAACAGAAUAAAGGGGAGACCAGAGUUGAGCACGGAGAGGAGAAAGUGUUGACACAUAAAAUAAGCGUUGAGGAGCAUCUGACCAAAUGGACAAUGCCAAUGCCUACACCGAGCCCAACGAACUGGUUUCUCCUGUAUAGGGAUAUUAAGCGACAUUGGACCGAGUUGAAGGGCCUGCGGAACCGACGAAGGAUCUGGAAUUAUCAGGAGGGUAUGAUUGCAUCUUUGAGGUUGUAUAUGAUGGGCUUUGAGGGUUAUCUGCUCGAUGAGGAAUCGAUAUCUAGCUCUUCCUCCCUAUAA